UUGAUGAUUGCAGGAAAAAACAUCGUGUUGCAGUGAGUGAAAAGUCCCGUUCUCGCGUCGUGCUUAGAGUAUUUUAAAAUUAAGCAGGUAAAAGCUAAAAAUUAAACCUCUUUUGGCCAUUGAGAGGUGAAGAGUAUUCGAAUUAAUCGAUUCGAAGUGGAGUGCCUCUUGGAAGACGGAUAUUGAGCGGAAAAAAUCGCACCGAAGAAAUACUCAGCCAGACCAACGCAACUUUCGGUAAAGAUGGCCGACCAGGACGCAAACGGGUAUAAUGACGAGGCAAGUGAUUUCAAGCGGAAACACAACAAGCCCCCGCAGGACCAAGAACAGGACAUGGACGACGACCGGGAGACGCAGCAGCAGUCACAGAAAGCGCAGGAAUACAUCAAGGGCAUGAUGACGGAACGGCAAUCGCUGGACCGAAAAUAUCCAAUCGCCGAUCGGCUGCUGGAAGUGGAAAUCGAAAACGUUCAAAAAACGGGAAAGCCCCCGGCACGGCGCUACAUCGACAUCUACCGGGAAAAGCACAUUAAGGUGUCAGUGAAGAUUCUGGUUCCGGUCAAGGAACACCCACGGUUCAAUUUCGUGGGAAAGCUAUUGGGCCCCAAGGGAAACACAUUGAAGCGCCUACAGGAAGACACCAUGUGUAAAAUGGCCAUUUUGGGCCGUGGAUCGAUGAAGGAUCGCAAGAAGGAAGAGGAACUGAGGUCCGGGAUGGACCCGAAAUACGCCCAUCUGAUGGACGAUUUGCAUGUGGAAGUAAACGCAAAUGGGCCCCCGGCGGAAGUUUACGCUCGAAUUGCUUACGCAAUGGCCGAGCUGCGAAAGUACCUGAUUCCGGACAGUAACGACUUCAUCCGACAGGAGCAGAUGCGCGAAUUGAUGGAGGACUCGGAAGCGGAAGUUCCACCGAAAAAGCCUUACAAGAAACCGAUGCCGGUGGAAGUGCCUGCCCCACCGCCUCCGACCAUUUCCGUGGCACGGCCAAUGCCGGCCCAGAAGAAGGUGCUUUCCAUUCUGGACAAGGCACGGGCGGCGAUGGAGGACAUCCAUGGGCCUAGACCAAUGCCUCCGCAACGCUACGAAGAGCCGGCCUAUGAACACGGUUAUGAAACCGGGUACGCCUAUCACCAACCUGGACCACCACCACCCCGUGCCAAAUACGCCCCGGAAGCGCCCGAAUACGAGCAGGAAUACCGUCGUGAGUACUACCGUGAGCCGGCCCCGUACGCAGCUGCACCGAAGCCGACCACGAUCAGCCCGAGUGGUCGCCCCUGGAAGCCGUCGUCGUAUGCAGCGCCCCCACGCGGUGUCCAUCAUCCCUCCGAGGAGAUCCCCAUGAAGCACGGCGUCCGCGAAGUCAUGCCGCGCUAUCGUCAUGCGCCGUAUUCUCGUCCGGCGAAAUAAAAACCCAUAAACUCGUCAAAACGCUGAGCAGCCCACCAUCUGCGAGGGCAACUCAAAAUCGAUAAAUUCACAAAGAGCUAAACAUUGUAACACUGUAACUGUAAACAGGGGAAAUUUUAAUUGAUAGUAACUAUGAAGAAACUUUGCAAAAUUACAAUUACAAAGAAACAAUUUAAUGAAAUCGAACUUGCUGAUAAAAAUAAAUGUGAAUUAAACUCUGAAUGGAGCUUUCAGAAUUCAAAAUAUUACAUAAAAGUAUAAUAAAUAAACGGAAAACAAUGAUUGUACUAUGAUACCAUGCAAAAAUACAACUAUUAUAACCAUCAAACUUAAAACGUUCGCUUAAAAUAAAAAAAGUUAAUCAACUAUAAAAAAAUCAAUAGUAAAUAUGAAUAAUAUUCGACUUUCUGUAUUGAAUACACAAUUAUAAAAUUCAUGGGAAGAAACCUUUUUGAAAAUGAAUUUCGUUUAGGAUAGUCUCAGAGAUCUGAGUUCAGUUUUAUGCGCUGAUAAAUUCACAUUUGGAGGUCUGCUUUCAGUUAUGAAUAAACGAAGAAAAAAACAAGUUUUCAAUGACAGGAUAUUCUAUUGUAGUGGAUCAAAAUAGAAAGACAACAAAAUAAAAUAAAAAUUUGCAUUGAUAAAUAUAAUACUUAUCUACAUUUAAAACACUCAUUUAGAUACAUCAACAGAUAAGAAAAAUAAUAAGUAAAUCAUAAAAGCUAUGCAUUAAAAGAAAGAAGAACAAUUUUCAAUUAAGCUAAAUCGAAAAUAUCUAUAAUCAAGCAUAAAAUAAUAUUCACAACAAAUAUGUAAACGCAAAAGUUAUUCAACAAAUGAGAACCUCAAUGGUCUAUAAAGAGAAAUCAAGUUCUGCUAAAAACCACGGAAAGACAUGUUGCUAAUAAACGUCUCCCACCUCGAAAGAGCGGCAAACAAAAA